AUGGCGGCGCCCAUGUGUAAUGCGCCGGGCCUCUGGCUGCGAUGCCGCGGGCGGCGGCGUGUCGGCGGUCUCUUUACUCUCGUCUCAAAGCCAUUUUGUUCGGCCGCUGCUGCGCCUGGGACCCUGAGUGCCCAGCGAUUAGCGGAGAAGCUUCGAGCCCAGAAACAGGAACAGAAGACGAAGAAGCAGCUGGCGCCCACUAGCCCUCUUCAGCGGAGAGUGCACGAACUGGUGCGGUUCACACAGCAGCUGCAGCGAGUCCACCCCAACGUGCUUGCCAAGGCGCUGAGCCGCGGCGUUCUGCACCAAGACGAGGAUCUCGUGGUCAUCAAUAAACCCUACGGUCUCCCUGUGCAUGGUGGCCCUGGGGUCCAGCUCUGCAUCAGUGAUGUAUUGCCUAUCCUGGCAAAGAUGCUUCAUGGCCACAAGGCAGAGCCCUUGCAUCUGUGCCACCGGCUGGACAAGGAGACUACAGGUGUAAUGGUGUUGGCCAGGGAGAAGGAAGUGGCACAUCAAGUCCAAGAGUUGUUUAGAACCCGUCAGGUGGCAAAGAAGUACUGGGCCAUCACUGUGCGCGUCCCGGUGCCCUCAGCAGGAGUCGUGGAUAUCCCGAUCACCGAGAAAGCGGUGCAGGGUCAGCAGCAGCACUACAAGAUGACGCUGUCUCCAGACUACCGCAUGGACAAUGGGAAGAUGGUGAGAGUACGCAGCAACUGGAACGCACAUAUUGCCGUGACUCAGUACCAUGUGCUGAGCAGCACUCUGUCCUCCGCCCUCGUGGAGCUCCAGCCUAUUACCGGAAUAAAACAUCAGCUUCGAGUUCAUCUGUCUUUUGGAUUGAAUUGCCCAAUCCUUGGUGAUCACAAAUACUCAGACUGGAAUAAGCUGGCCCCCCAGAAGCUGUCUCUUGGUACCCUCAAGAAGCUAGGGCUGCAACAGACGAAGGCCCGCCACCUCCCCCUUCACCUGCACGCCCGCCAGCUGAUCCUGCCAGCCCUGGGGUCCAGGAAGGAGGAACUCAGCUUGGUUUGCAAGCUUCCUCGCUUCUUUGUACUCUCCCUGAGACGCCUGGACUUACAGAUGCCAAGUCAGGAUCAAAAUGGGGACGAUGAAGCUGGACAUCUGAGAGCACAAUGAAGACCUCUGGGCAGUUUGGCCGUGAAUCCUUCCCUUUGUUUAAUGAACUUUGCUCACUUCUGACUUGGCACAGACUCCAGAAGACCCAGGUGUGGCAAGUGGAAGAAACCUAGCUGCUUCUGGACACUAAAUUCCAUUUGCUGAGACUUUGGCCACACUCUGGAAGAGCCUGCGGGAAGUAUCCCUGCCUCAGAGUCUCCUCGCCCAGAUGGAAGGGAGCCGAGGACCAGGCAGAUGGGGUCAGUGAUUGGAAAAGGAGAAGCUACAGCACAGAGUCUGUGCUCAGAACCAUUUAUAUCCAACAAUAAAGCUCUUGAUCUUUCAGGAAGGUUCCUAUGGUUGGAGAGGCACGAUGGUUAUCUAACUGCUAGAGAGAUUCAGAAGCAGUACGUCACUGUCCUUAUGGACACUCAGGACCUAUUAGCCAACCUCUCUGCUCCUGUUCAGUCUUGGAUUUUGUGGACCCCUAUCUAGAAGCAGGAUUCUCUCCAGCUGCAGCACGGACGCCUGCCAAGAGGUGUUCGAUAAGCAAGCAAAGGAGAUGUGUAAAUGGCAGGCCGGUGUGAGGCCCUGGUGGGGAGCACAGUGUCCACAGAGGGCAGUUGUUAGCUCUAGCUGGGUGUGGCUCUGCGGAAGCAGCUUUUCUCUUUUUUCAGUCAGGAAACCCAGAUAGAGUUGAGCCCUGAACAGCAUUGAGGGGGUUGGGCGCACCGACCCCCCUGCAUAGUCACAAGUCCUUGUAUAACUUUUGACUCUCCCAGAACUUAACUACCAAGAGCCUACUGUCAACCGAAAGCCUUGCCAAUGACAUGAGCAGUUGAUUAGCAUGUAUUUUGUAUGUUAUAUAUAUAUUAUGUGCUGUAUUCUCACAGUAAAGUCAGCUAGAGAAAAGAAAAUGUUAUUAAAAUCAUAAGGGGGCCCCUGGGUGGCUCAGUUGUUUGGCACAGGUCGUGAUCUGGGGUCCUGGAUUCAAGUCCUGCAUCGGGCUCUCUGCUCAGCAGGGAGUCUGCUUCUCCCUCUCCUUGUACCCCUUCACCCCACUUGUGCUCUCUCUGGGUAUCUUUCUCUCUCAAAUAAAAUCUUUUAAAAAGAAUCGUAAGGAAGAGAGAACACAUUUACUCUACUAUAUUUAUUGAAGAAAAUCCAUGUAUAAAUCCAUGUAUAAGUGACCUGCACAGUUCAAACCCACGUUGUAGGUGGAUCAGCUAGUAGCUGUACUUACAUGAAAGCUCCAAGUACAUUGCUCACUAAAAUGUGUAAAAAAUAGCUGUCCCCAAACUCAGGAGGUUACCAAGUCUGCCCUGUUUCCCUCUAGAACCCCUCUGAGGACAUGUUUUCCUCUUUAACCUCACUACCUCUUCCUGAGAAUCAGCUUCACUCCCUCCCUUCAACUAGGAUAGGAUAGUUCCCCCCAGAGACCAAACACAGAGGGAGUGUUGAGACCUUCCCCAGGUCCCUCAGAGCAGGGCAGGCUGGUUCUUAACUAGGACAGGGACACUGCAAAACACACCCUGAAGUUUCCUCAGUCCGCCCCCCUAGGCUCUCCGGCUUCCGGGCUGCUUUUAGCUAGAGUGCCUUGUAGGAUAUACAAAGACAAACCUUAUAUCCGUUCUUGCAGAGCAUGCCACGGGGAUGCGCACUCUAUCCCAGUGGGAUGGAAAGUGCUGCUUGGUGCAGUGUAAUUCCAACAUUAAUGGCCCGGGGACAGGUCACACACACAGCUUAGGGCACAGUGCUUCACAAGACUCCUCUCCAGACACCAGCUGCAAGCUCAGGCAUUCCAGACGACCCCCCACCCUUCUGACCAGUCUAAGGGAGGAAUGUUUUCCUCAAUCUGUACUGGCGUUCAAGGGAUACAAGACCACCUGGCUCCAGGUUCAGACCAGGUUCAGCCCAAAGGCAGAGAGCGGUGGGGAGACAAGACAGGAAUUCACCCGGGAAGACGGGGCUGACGUCACAAAGCCUGUCUCUCUGAAGUGCCGAAAAUACUUUCAGGUUUAUAUAAGGAAAAUAUGGGACAGAGGUCAGUGGGUACGUGCAGGUGGGCAGUGAAGGGUCAGGUGGAUCAUUUGGGGUCAGUCACGUGGGGUCUUGCUGGUGUCAGGACAUUUGUCACUGCUUGGGCGUGGGAGUAUUCUUGGUUCCCAUCAGGGGAUGCUUUGCCCGCAGGGGUCCUUUGUCUGAGUUCAGAGAUAAGCUGGAAAAAAUCAAGAAAUACCAGUUGAGGUCGACAUAGAGGUAGCAGCCCUCUUUCAAACCCCAGUCCCCGACUGGGUCUAAAAAUUAAACUGAUAAAAUAAUAGGAGAUAAACAUAUAAAUGUGUGUGAUGUAAGUUUUAUGUGGCACGGGAGAGGUCUUC